AUGGAGUAUCACGAGUCCGCGAACACUAAGAGAACAGAGAGAUGCCUUGAGAAAAUAAAAGCUUACAAGAGAGGCGGCGCGAGGACUAUACUGCUCUUUGGUAAACCAGGCGUCGGAAAAUCCUCGCUGGCAGAGCACAUCACGGGGACAUCUGGUCUCUCCGGGGCCUCAGAAACAGGAACGGAACGAUGCCAAAUAAUCGAUAUUCAAAUCAACGAAACCGAACAUUUCGUCGUUGACACCCCCGGAUUCGAAGACGAGGGCGGCGCAUGGGGUACAUUCUGCGAAAUCGCCCAACUCCUCGACCAGAUCCGAGAGCACGCCGUAAUCAUCGCAAUCUUCUUCGUAACACCCAUCAAUAUCUUCAAGCGUCAGCCCGAUUCCUUUGAGAAGAAACUAUAUACCUGGCUGCUCGGGAUGAGCGGGACGCCUUUCAUGAAGUACGUGACAUUUGUGACGACCUUCUGGGAGACACAUAACCCCGCCCAGCUGAAAAGGUAUAAUGAUUUCCUGGUCCGUCAGAAAGAAAAGGAGUGGCGGGACUUCAUCGCGAACGGGGCCCGGACUUAUCAGUUUGGCAAGGUGUAUUCUGCUGGAGUUGAAACAGACGAGACACUGCACUGGGAUACGGACGCGGAGCGGUUGGCUGCCCAGGCUAGGGAGAUGGUCAGAGUCUACUGCGGUGAGAUUCCUAUCGUUCAACCGCUGAUCCUACAUGAACUCAACAUGAAGAUGGGACUCGAAUCUACGGUUGCCGGCCAGGUCUUUUGGCCUGCUGGGGAUGGAGGCACGAAUGACCAGGAGCCAUCCGGGGCUCAGUCAACCACAUCAUCAGGAGGUUCCGGUCAUUCGAGAUCCACUGAGUCACCGCGGUCCGGAGCGCAAGCGUCGACCACUCCUACCAGCCCCCCUACUACCGAGCCACCCGGAAAUGAUCCCGCAGCCCCGGGUGGUUUGGCCCGGUUCGCAGAGUUUGCAUGGGACAUCACGAAAAGAUAUGGUCCACAAAUUGUGGAACAUGUUAUCAAAAGGCAAUUCGGCGGUGCGGGGGCCAUCAUUGGUGGUGACGGCGGUGAUUUUGCGAGCAGCAUGCAGUCCAUGAGUGCAAAAGGCUUCGACAUAAAUUCAGUCACAGAUACUGCCAAAUUUCUUGGAAUGGCGUCGGACAUGGGAAGUCGGGGUCAGUACUUUGCUACUUGGGGCGGAGUUGGCGAUUACAUAGGGAGCGCAGAGCAGAAUGAUUGGCUUCGAGAUCAGAUGUGGCGAAGGUUCACCCGUUAG